AUGGACAUGCCCGACAUGCCCGACAUGCCUGGUAUGGACCAUGGCGGUAUGGACCACGGCGGUAUGGAUCACGGCGGUAUGGGCCACGGCGGUAUGGACAUGGGCUCCGGUUCCUGCAAAAUGAACAUGAUUUUCAACUCUGGCCUCAAAGACAUCUGCAUCGUCUUUGAAUGGUGGCACAUCCGCAGCGGCUUCUCCGCCUUUGUCUCGUUACUUGCCGUUGUCGCCCUCGGUGUGGGAUACGAAUACCUUCGCACGCUUGCCACCUCGCGCUUGUUGAAUCCGAAACCUACGAGUGUCGAAAUCCCACUCCUCUCAGACAUGGACAGAGACAGCGACGACGAGUCCGUCACAGAAUCCAGCGGCAGCCCCACCGCGCAAGCAGACAGCGACAGCCUCAACGGCGCAAACGGCGAAGAAAUGAGCACGUCCUCGACUCUGGUUGAUCUAGAGGCGACGACGACGGCAGCAAGUCGCAAAGCUGCUGUCUCGCGCUCAAAGUACGGCGCCGUCAGCUCGUAUCUCGACCGGACUUCGCGGUCGUUUAUUCAGCGGCACGCGCGGUUUUUUAAGGCGCUGAUGUAUGCCGUGCAGGUUGUUUAUUCGUUUUUUAUCAUGCUUAUUGCCAUGACCUAUAACUGCUGGAUCAUCAUCGCAGUCGGCGUAGGUGCAUUCAUCGGCCACCUCACAUUCGGCAGCAAAUCAGGCUCGACAGCAAAAGGAAUGUCCUGCCAUUAA